CUCGUGGACCUGAUGGGGCUGCCAGGGACCAGCCUGCACUUCUUAAUCUUCCUCCUAUUUAUCCAGCUGGGCGUCUCCUGCAGAGACUGCUGCUUUGAGAGACCACCGCCUUACCCAGAUGGAGACUCAGGCUUCUUGUCCGGACCCAGGAACUUGAGCUGUUACAGGGUUUCCGGGGCAGAGUAUGAAUGCUCCUGGCAGUAUGACGGCGCUGAGGACAAUGUCACUCACUUCCUGAGGUGCUGCUUUGGCGGUGGGCGCUGCUGUUACUUUCCUGCAGGCAAGUCCAGGACUGUGCGGUUCUCAGAGCAGGCUGGCGUCCCUGUGCUUUCUAACGUCACGUUUUGGGUGGAGUCUCGACUCAACAACUGGACCAUGAAGUCUCUGGAGAUAUCACUGUGCCUGUCCCACUGGAUCAAGUUCAACCAUCCCCUGGGAAACGUCAAAGUGUCACGUUCAGAUGGGCAGUUACGCCUGGAUUGGAAUGUUUCCGAUGAAGUCCCAGCUGAGGUGCAGUUCAGGCGCCGGACCCCCACAACAAAUUGGACAUUGGGUGGCUGUGGACCCCAGAAUGACUCUGGCUUAGGUAUGAUUGGGGACAUUCAAGACAGCAGUUCUGAUGAGCAUGAACCAUCCUGUCUUUGCCCUUCGGAGAACGCAGCCCAGGAGUUCCAGAUCAGGCGGCGUAGGUGGCAGCUCUCCUCGGGGGCCCCUGGGGGUCCCUGGAGUAAUUGGAGCAACUCUGUGUGUGUUCCACCAGAACCCUUACCCCAGCCUGAGGUCAAGUUCCUGGUGGAGCCACUUGGCCAAGGUGGAAGACGGCGUCUGACCAUGCAAAAACAGUCGCCACAGCCUGCUGUCCCUGAGGGCUGCCUGGGAGUCGAGCGCGGUGCCCACGUGAUGUACUUGGUGGAUGUGAACAUGCUGUCCUGUCCGUGCCAGCAUCAGCCCUCAAAGACUGUGUCUCUGGGAGAGACGCUGAGCCUUUCUGGGGCUGCCUAUGAGCUGGCCAUGGUCACCAAGACUCGCUUCGGCCACAGCUCCAACCAGAAGUGGCACAUUCCUGCCCAAGACCUUGCAGAGACGAGAACCCUGAAUGUCAGCGUGGAAGGCAACGUAACAUCCAUGCACUGGGUAGCCCAGGCUCCAGACACCACCUACUGCGUGGAGCGACAGGAACAGGGCCAGGACAGGAACCACACCCACUGUACCCUGAUUGCACCACCAGAAGACGGGGACCCUGCCAGGGUAGUGACCCACAGCUGGAGCUCAGAGCCUGCGCUGGACCAGGGGCUAUGUUACCGCCUCACCGUCUUCGGCUCCAAGAAUCCAGAGAACCCAGUGUUGUGGUCCACGAUCCUGUCCAGUUACUUCUUUGCGGGUAACGAGUGGCUCGUACCACCCACGAAGACCGAAGUGACACUCCAGGGACUGCGCAGUGGCGUGGUGUACAAAGUCCAGGUGCGAGCCGACACUGCGCAGCUCCGAGGCGCCUGGAGCCGCCCCCAGCACUUCAGCUUCGAGGUGCAGAUUUCCCGUUUAUCCAUCAUUUUCGUGUCCCUGGGGAGCUUUGUUAGCGUACUCCUUCUCGGCGGCCUCGGAUACGUUGGCUUGAACAGGGUGGCCUGGCACUUGUGCCCACCGCUGCCCACACCCUGUGCCAGCAUGGCUGUGGAGUUCCCUGAAAGCCAGGGCAAGCAGGCUUGGCAGUGGCGCAGCCCUGAGGACUUCCCGGAGGUGCUGUGCCCGCGAGAGACGCUGGUGGUGGAGGUGGCCCGGGACGCGGGGGACGGGACGGGGUCGCCGCAGGCUGCCCCUGCGCCCGCCCUGCACACCGCGCAGUCUUUGGAGGACCGGAGACAGAUGCCCGGACGCCCGGAGGCCAGGGGCCUGGGCCAGCACUGUCCCCGCGGCGGCCUGACCCACGAGAGACUCCCGCUGCUCCUGGGAGGUGUGACCCAGGGAGCCUCCACAUUUGGCGAUCUUUGGUGGACUCAGAGGACUGAUGAGCCAGGACAAUCCAGCCGGCCUGUGGGUCAAGCGGACUGACGGGGCAAGCCUGGGCCCUAUCAUUGGUCUCUGCUUCGGGUCCUUCAGAUUGAGGGGACCUGGUCCUGUGGCCUGGGCUGGGCCUAACCCCGCGAGCACUAGACAGGGAGUCUGGAUAUUAGAGCGUCAUAAGCGAGGUGACUGCGGGCUCAGCACCGUGAGAGUGGGCGGCAGGGCCUAGACAUCUGCGGGAAGCCACA